UUGAAUAAUGAAUGAAUAUCCACGUAUUAAAAUAUUCACAAAACCUGUUUGGGACAAAUCGCGGUAACAUAAACCGCCUUCUCAGCUUUCCACGUAAUCCUUGCUUCAUCAUCCAUCCUUUUAUAUAACGCUUUUUCUUCUCCUUCUUCUUUUCAGACACACACACUUGCCUCUUCCCUUCCCCCUCCUACCUUAAAUAUCACUUCAUUAAAAUUUAUAUAAUCAACUCAACCGAUUAAAUUAACCCAUGGGUACUCUCUUUUCUCCCAAUAACCCCUCCACCCAAUUUCACGCCACUGAUUUCUUCCCCCAUGAACCCGACCUUUUUCUUCACACUCCCAGAGGAAAACGAAUUCCAGUGCACGCAACCAUUUUGGCUUCAGCGUCCCCCAUUCUAGAAAACAUGGUAACGUCCAACAGAAUCGUUAAAAUUAACGGCGUUCCAUACGACGCCGUCACUGCCUUCUUGCGCUUUCUCUACACCUCCAGGUGCAGCGAGGAGGAUAUGGAAAAUUACGGAUUACACCUUCUCGUAUUGUCGCACGUGUACUCCGUGAUACGCCUAAAGCAGAUGUGCGUCGUUGGAUUGUCCCAACGCGCGACCACAGAUAACGUGGUGGACGUGUUGCAAUUAGCGAAACUCUGCGAUGCACCGGAUCUUUACCUCAAAUGCGUAAAGCUAAUAACUAAUAAUUUCAAAGCGGUGGAAGAAACAGAGGGUUGGAAAUUCUUGCAGAACAAUGACCCUUGGCUCGAAUUCGACAUUCUCCGCUUCAUAAACGAACACAAAUCGAGGAAGAAGAGAGCGAAGAGACAGAGGGAGGAACAGAAGCUUUAUGUGCAACUGAGUGAAGCAAUGGAAUGUUUGGAACAUAUAUGUACAGAAGGAUGCACAAAUGUAGCGCCAUACGAUGUGAAGAAACAGAGGAAGAGGCCGUGUUCAAAAUUCUCCACGUGCGAAGGUUUGCAGGUUUUGAUAAGACACUUUGCCACGUGUAAGAGGAAUCUAAAGGGAGGGUGCUUGCGUUGUAAGCGGAUGUGGCAACUCUUUAGACUUCACUCUUCCAUUUGCCUUCACCAAGAUUCUUGCAAGGUCCCUCUUUGCAGACAAAUUCAAUUAAAAAUUAUAGAGAAAGAGAACAAGGAAUUAGGUGAUGCAAGGUGGAAAGUACUAGUGAGCAAAGUGGCUUCGGCUAAAGCCAUGUCUUCCUUGACGCUGCCAAAGAGGAAGCAAGAUGAGGAAAUUGGACCAUACAAAACCAAUUAAUCCUGCAAUAAUAACUCAUAAGUUUGGUAUUAAAAUGAGGAUAUUGUAAUAUAAUUAUAUGGAACAAUUCCUUUCUUCUUGAUAGUAAUAAUAUAAAGUGUUUGAUGUUGAAUGGAGAAGUGGCAAGGUUAUGGACUUUUGGCUAUAAACAAUCGGGAAUUAGCAAGCAACCUAUUUUCUCUGACGCUACAAGGUAAUUAUUUAGUACUUGUAAGUUCGAGUAACAAGGACUUUUCUAAAAGGAGCAAGGACUUUUCUUAAAAAAAGCAAAAAAACAAAGCAUCAUAUAAUAUUAGGCCCAUAUAUCAUCAGCAGUAUCAAUACAAUACAAGUGUUGGGACUUAAAAGAAAAUUUUCUAAAAUUUAAAAAUUAUUAAUGUCAUGUAAUAACUUUUUUUAAUUGAUUUAAAAUACACUUCAAAUUUUAUUUUUUUUUUUAAAUGAGACACUUUCUAAAUACAAAAUAAAAACAUAAAAUUAUGAAUUUCACUAUUAGAAAUUUUUGAUUUAGCCUCCAAAAUUAGCGUCGACAACCGAUAUCGACGCAACUGAGUCGGUUUAGCGUCGGCGAUAUCUACGAUAUAGCAUUCAUUAGAUUAUUUUAUUAAUUCCAAUAAAAAACCCUCAUUCAAUUCUUCCUCACCGCAACUCCCUCCCUCACUACGACUCAUUUAUUUCUUCUCUCGGCCACCGCAUUGUCAAUCUCCACCAUCUCCGGUUUUUCAUCGUGUGUAACGCUAACCACGAUUCUCCUUUCUCCUUUCUCCAUCAUUGGUUAGUUCUCUAUUGUUAUUUGUUAAAGGUUUUUGUAAAAGGGAUUUUAGGAUUUUUGUACAAAAUCAUUUUCUUAUCUUUUAUCAAAUAACCUGCUGCUUAAUGGAUCAUGAUCAUAUAAACAUUGACAUAUUCAAUUUUGGAGCUAUUUUAUUGAAAGUAGUUAGUAGAAGGAGAGUCAUUCCUCACAAAGACCUGCACAUCUAGGCGUUCUAUAAAGCAAGUGACCGAUUGCUAGUCAAUUCUCCCAUAACAAAUCAAUGUAUUGGCCAAUCAAUAAUUGAGGUUGCUGAGUUUGAUCGAUUGCCUAGGUUUCUCUAUGCAUAUGUUAAAGCAAGGAAAAAUCAUAUGAAGGAGGCAAUUUACUUUCACAUUACCCCUUUUUGAUUGUUGCAACAUUUUGCAUUUGCUUUAUUAUUAUAUUUGUUUAUUGUAGGGUGUUGAUGAAAUAUGAAUGAAUGGUCUACUUGAAAUUAUUGAGGUUUUUAACCUUUUAGUUAACUAUAUGAUCGGUGGUUAAGUGAUAACUGAAUGUGUUGUGAGAAUGGACUAAUUGAUUGUUGUUUUGGAAUUUGUGGCUUGUUUGUUUCUCUGUUGGACUCUGUUCAUGAUAUGUGAGGUCAUAAUGGUAUUAAAACAUCUAAUUGGUUUGUGUUAAUUUUUCAUUACAAGAUAAAAUGCAGGUUAGUGUGAGUUUUUGUUUUGGUUUUGCAAUAUUUUAUUUCCUGUGAAGGUUUUCAUUUUACUACUAUCAAUUUUUUUGCUUUGGUCUUCUUGGUGAUGAAAGGUCUCAUUAUGAUGUUGAAUCUUUAAUCAUUCUUUUGAUGGUGAUGAGUUAGGAAAGGAAGAGUAGAAAUCUACUUUUAUGAAGGAACUUAAUACUAUUUUAUGGAGAGGAGCAUGGAAUUCAAAUUGCCCAAUUUUAUGGAGAAGGACUUAAUUACCUAAUGGAGUAGAAAUCAUGAAUAACAUUGCUAGAAGACCACUUAAUGGAGUUGUAGUAGAAGAUGAUGACGAAGAUGAAGCUAAUGGUGAUGGCCUUGAAGCCUGGGAGAGAGCUUAUACAGAAGGGUUUGAUACAAUACAUGUACAUUGUUGUGGACGUGUCCAAGGUAUCGGUUUUAUUACUUUACAGUUUCUGUGUUUGCUUCUGAGUUCUGAGUUCUGACUUCUGAUUUCUGAUUUAUCUGUCAUUGAGCAUUGAUUUGAUUCAAUUGGAGGAUGAGUAUGUUGGAACACUUCAUGUAUAAAUGACAGUUAAAUUUACCUAGUUUUAUUUGAUGGCAUUUCUUCCAA